AUGCCUCAGUUGGAGGAGGGCCCUGUUCAAGAUAUCCUGGUUGAACUGCUAUUUGCGUCCACAGACCAUGUUUCCGCCGGUUUGACGCUAUCGCCAUUUUCUAGCAAACCAUCAGAAACAAAUCCCAAUCUUCAGUACUUCCUCAUCUCCACUCAUCCACUUGGUGUCCUUGUGUUUUCAUCCCUCUCGAUACCAACAGACUCAUCCGAUACAUCGCCUCGGCUUCCAUCUCUACCUCCGGGGCGGGCGGGAGCCGAUUACCAUCCCCCUACUCACCGUCAACACUCGUACGCCAUCGCGGCUCAUGUAUGGAAACAAUGCAAUAAGGAGGAGAAUAUGAGCGUGCGAAUCAACUGGGUGCAUCCCAAUAUCAAGUUCGUUACGCCAGAGGAAGGAGAGGCAGCUGUUCUAGAUGCAGCCGUUCCAGAUGUAGCCGAUCCAGAUGCAGCCAUUUCAGAUCCAUCUGGUCCUGGACCCGGCCACCACAGACGGUUCAACUUCAAUGCCCUCCCAGCCGAGGUCCAGGCCAGGAUAUUCAAGCUCUGGUUAUUCAAAAAGGGCAAACUUAUCCACGUUAUUUCCCGACUCGACCCCUUCGUCCCAAACGAGGACUUUCCAGAGGAAGCGGCGCUCAGAAACCGAAGUGGUCUCAAAAAUGUCUUUUUUGGGGGGGAGCGGCGCUGUAAUAUCACUGACAGCGGGCAAAACCCUAAUUCUCUGCUCCGUGUCCUUCUUGUAUGCCGUCGAUUCUUCUUCAUUGGCAUCCACUGCUUUUACGGCCUCAACUCAUUCGCUUUCUCCAGCUUGGGCGAAUUUUCACGGUUCUGUCAAGGGAUCGGUCCGGCCCGUGUCAGCCGCUUACAGCACCUUGAGAUUACACUGAUGGGAAAUCAAUACCUGACCGUUCCUUUGGACCGAAAUGGUCGUAUCCCUGUCUCGCGCCGCACCUCCCCUCUCAGCUUUCUCCUGGACUGUCAUCGUCUCAAAAGUCUGGUUAUUUUCGUCAAUGAAAGCGAGAAGACAUAUACCCGUUGUCGGUAUGAAAAUUCAAUAAUCCAGGACUUUAUGGUUCGCCAAACCGCUGGCCAGCCUAACCAGCGCAAGCAUCGCGCCCUCCGCUGCAUCCAAGGAAUGGAUUUCAUCUAUGCCCUCCGUGGUCUGGAGUGGAUUCGCUUUUAUGACUUGUAUAAGGCCAUUGCAUCUACGUCCAGGACCGCUAUCCGUGAGCCAGUAGCCGACUGGUCGUUCGUCGAGGACGUUACGAAUACUGCCACUAUGCAGAAAGUGCCCAGCCGUCGGGAAAGCUCAAGACUGGAGAACCUGGAGCCUCUUUUUAGUGAUAAUGGCCAACAAGAGGCUUGGAACCCCGGCCAGGCAGAUUGGGAACUCGUCAAAAGCUUUUAUAUCGACAAAUGGUCGUAUGACCAGUUAAGACAAGACUCUCCUCAUAUUCCGUCGCAUAUGAGUGCGAGUAGUGAUCCAAGACAGGGGCAUUCUUUGAGUUCGAGCUCAAGUUCUUCUUCUAGCGGACCGCACCAUGGGCGUGCAGGUCCGGCUUUGAGUGCCGCAGGAAGCUCCAUGACCGACGCUAUUGAUCUUGGUAAUUCGGAAUCCACCCCCGGUCCCAAUACAGAAACCGACUUACCACCUAGAAGUACUACCGGAAGGGUCGCCAGUGUGAUGAUCGAACUCUCAUCUGAUUCAGAGUCCGACUCAGACGACGAUAACCUCUUUGUUAGCCAGCGCAACUGCCAACCCCAAUACCAACACCAGCUCAGUCCAACCCCCCAUCCCUUAGAAGGGGGCCCCAGCGUCACGGUAUCCGUCCCAGCCCGCCUCCAUUCCCUGACCCCCAUGGGUUCUAUGACUUCCAGUCUCCUGGACAGAGGCUUCUCCGUCCCAGCCAACCUUGGACGCCUUGAAACUCCUUCUUCAGGACUUAUUACACCAAGAGGACCCCAAAGCUUCGCUUCGUUGCUUAACAUCCAACCAGCGUCGUCGGCGGCGAGGUACUUACCUCCUAACAACCCAGCUGCUCUGGAAUCUGCUAGUGUUGUGGCUUCAAGGAGGGGUUCUAUGUCUUUGUCCAUGUCGAGGUCGCUUUCUAGGUCACUUUCUAGGUCGGUUUCUAGGUCGGUUUCCAGGUCAGGGUCGUUGGUAAUUGAGAGAGGGAAUGGAAAUGGAAGUCGAGCGGGGUCGGCGUCUACUUACAGAAUACGGUUACGGUAUAGAUCUUCAGGGAGUUCGGGAUCAGACCUAUUCGUUAGGCAGACUCCGAGGCUGUCCGAGAGGGAGAGUGUUGAUUUGACGAAUGUGGAUGAGGAUGGCGAGGAUGAUGGUCAUGGUGGUGGUGGUGGUGGUGGUUUGCUUGGGAGAAGUAGAGGUAGUGAAAGUGGGAAUGGGGAGUUGAUGACGAUUGAUGAGGGUGAUGAUGAGAACGGGGAUCAAGACAUGGAGGGUCGGGAUAGCGGGUAUGAAGGGGCGGAUGAUAGUGAUGUUGAGAUGGUGGAUUCGGUUUAG